AUGGCUGCGCGGCAUACACCGCCGCGCUCCCUGGGCCAGCGUCGAGCAUCGCUGCGAGACGCCGACAGCAUGAUUCCUCGCAGUGUGCCGCAGCCCUUGAGUGACAUGCCAGCGCGCAUAUCCGAAGGCAGGGACGUGUCUGCCGAUGGUCACCCAAAGCCUCUGCCCACCCCUAGCAAGUCUGCCUCACCGCUCCCUACCAGCCUGCUGCCCUCCGCUCCAGCCUCUCCACCGACUCCGGCCCCGAGCCCGACACCGCAUCAUACCCUGACAGGCUGGCAGUCGGCUAUUGGCGACGACGACGACGACGAAGAAGAGAAAGAAGAGGAGGACGACGACAGCGACGAUGGCAACCUCCUGCUCAAAGCCCAAAUCCACUUUAGCUCGUUGGGCACUGCCCAGAAGCAGAAAUUCCUGGUGGACAUCUUGAGCCGUUGCGACAACCAGCAGCUCAGCUUCAUAUCAAGCUUUAUCAGUCCUCGUCUGAGGAAAGACCCGUUCGCGGCUUUCCCAAACGAAAUAUGCCUGAGGGUCCUCUCCUUUGUCGACGAUCCCAAAACCCUCGCCCGGGCCUCGCAGGUAUCGAAGCGAUGGCAUGAGCUGAUUAGUGACGAUAUAACAUGGAAGCAUCUGUGCGAUAAACAUGCGUAUACCUACAGACGAGCACUCGACGACGAUCGCGAUUUCGUCGACCGUUUCCACGGCCGACGGCUCUCAUCGCGAAGUUCGAAUAGCAGCGAUUACCCCCUUUCGCACCAUCAUAGCCUGCACCACUGGAGGAGGAGAUCAGCGUCAUCCGCCGCCGACAGCGUGAGCACCAUGUCUACAGAGCAUCCCAUGGAGUCGUCGUGGCCAUCGCCUAGUCGGAAACGUCGGGUCCAGCCAUCGUCGUACCGCACGCAUUUCAAAAAGAAAUACAUGGUCGAGUCAGCCUGGUAUAAAGGCGGACACUGCACGCAGAAACAUGUUACUCCUGAUCAAGGUGUGGUGACCAGUCUUCACUUGACCCCGAAAUAUAUUGUAGUUGCAUUGGACAAUGCCAAGAUUCAUGUUUACGACACAAAUGGGGGCAAUCAGAAGACGUUACAAGGGCAUGUUAUGGGCGUUUGGGCUAUGGUUCCUUGGGAUGACCUGCUUGUCAGUGGUGGUUGUGAUCGCGAAGUGCGAGUAUGGAACAUGGCUACAGGAGCCUGCACGCACCUUCUACGUGGCCAUACUUCGACCGUGCGAUGCCUGAAGAUGUCGGAUAAAAACACUGCCAUUUCCGGCUCGAGGGAUACAACGUUGAGGAUAUGGGACUUGGUUACUGGCAACUGUCGCGGUGUCCUAGUUGGCCACCAAGCGAGUGUGAGAUGCCUUGGCAUUCACGGUGAUCUGGUGGUCUCCGGUAGUUAUGAUACGACAGCACGGAUUUGGAGCAUUUCGGAGGGUCGGUGUUUGAGAACGCUGUCCGGACACUUUAGCCAAAUCUAUGCCAUUGCAUUUGACGGUAAGCGAAUCGCGACGGGCAGUCUGGACACGAGUGUGCGCAUAUGGGACCCCAACAGCGGACAGUGCCAUGCUAUUCUUCAAGGCCAUACUUCGCUCGUUGGACAAUUACAGAUGAGAGGCGACACCCUCGUUACAGGUGGAUCUGACGGAUCUGUGAGAGUGUGGUCAUUGACACGCAUGGCGCCCAUCCACCGGUUAGCCGCGCAUGAUAAUAGCGUGACCAGCCUGCAGUUCGAUAACACUCGCAUCGUUAGUGGCGGCAGUGAUGGUCGGGUCAAAGUCUGGGAUCUCAAGAGCGGCUAUUUACUCCGGGAAUUGUCAACACCAGCCGAUGCCGUGUGGAGAGUGGCCUUUGAGGAAGAGAAAGCGGUGAUUAUGGCGAGUCGGUCCGGCCGGACUGUCAUGGAGGUCUGGUCAUUUGCACCACCGGCCGAAGAGCUCUUCGAAGAUAACGCGGUGAUUGAAAGUGCGUCGAGCACGCCAGGACUGCGUCCGACUGCAGAAGACGAAACGAUGCAUCACCGUCAUCGUCAUCAUCACCACCACCACCAGUCAGCCGCCGUCUCGGAACCGCCGCCUACAAUAUGUUUAGGCGAAUCGAGAGAUCAGCCCAUGACCGAUGCACCUGCUACCCAUUAA